GUACAGACUUGACCAUAACCGUCACGUACGGCCCAUACGUGUCCCUUGUCUUCCGCUCACGCUAUUGACUCGAUAUCAGCUCUACAUGACUCUUCCCGCAUCUGCUUUGUGUAUUGGCACGUCGGGCGUCUAGCGUGAACACGUUGAAGACAUGCUACGCUGUGGGCGCCUUUGCACGGACGUGACGGACUGAGUCAAGCUAAGUCUGCGACGCCUGUCUCGCAGUAUAUAGAGUCCAUCUACACUGCGCCUCCACUACCUCCUCCCUCUCCAGCAUCAACGUUCGCAGGAUGUCCUCCGCAUCUACUUGCUACACCUCCGACCACCUCGAGUUGAGCGACUUCCUCAUCUAUCCAGAGUUCUUAGGACUCACAGAGGACGUCACAUGCUAUCGGGCAGAAGGAUACCAUCCAGUCAAGAUCGGGGACGUGCUCGGCGGUGCUGGCCCCAGCUCGCUCCAGUCCAGGUAUCCGACUCGCAGCCCAGCCAGAUAUCGAAUCAUGCACAAGCUCGGCUUCGGCGGCUACGCCACAGUAUGGCUUGCGCAAAGCCUCGACGCGUCAGGGGCCUUUGUGGCGCUGAAAAUCACGACGGGGUGGGGCCAGAGAAAUGCGGAGGCUGGUAUGCUAGAAGAGGCCAAUGCAGGGUACGACGGUCCACAAUCCUCGCACGUGUUAGGCUUGCACGACAGGUUCGAAGUGUCUGGGCCGAACGGUACCCAUGCCGUGCUCGUCACUGACAUCGUGGUCCCCUUCCUGUCGCUGAAGUACGCGCCGCUCUCGCCGAGGUGGCGCAAGGCUGCGGCGUACGGCUUGGUCAAGGGGCUGGCGCAGAUGCAUCGCGCGGGCAUCGUGCAUGGAGACUUCCAUCUUGGGAACGCUGGCGUUGCCGUUCCUCAGCUUUCGACGCUAAGCCAAGAAGAAAUCAUGCAGGAACUUCGCGACCCCGAUAUCACGGUUAUCCUGACAGCUGAUCCAGCCAAGCAAUCGCCCGCCCUUCCACCUUACAUCGUAACGCCGUGCAAUCUAGCUGAAUUCUACUUGAAGAUUAUCGGCAACGCUGACCCGCACACGAAGGUUCUUGACCUCGGGAAUGCUCGAAGGGUCGGAACUAUGCAGCCCACUUGGUCGUGCGCUGUGGAGGCAUGUGCUCCGGAGGUGUCUUUUGCGCGGUUUGGAGAAGGGAAGGAGGGCAUCGCGGCUACGAAGGAGGCAGACAUCUGGGCUCUGGGAGCGACGAUAUACGAGCUCCUCACCAAGGCUCCCCUGUUCCACGGGAUCGGGCACAAAGCGAUAAUCGAGCGCGCGUGCAAUAUGGCUGGCUACGUGCCGCCAAUGUGGCAAGCCUGGUGGGACAGCAAUGAUCACUUGACCUUGACGAACGACGCCGAGACUUAUUGGCUUCAGUCGCGGGAGUACAUAUGCCAGGGCUGCGUGGACGAUGAAGAUACGGAUGCGGCGAUCUGUUUGUUGCGGAGGAUUCUUACAUUGGAUCCGUCUGCGAGGCCGUCGUGCGAGGAUAUCUUGCAGGACCCGUGGUUCCGAGACAUAGCGUAGCUGUGACAUCAGUUCCAGCAACGCUUUUUUGCCGUGAUUGUCUCAAAAAAUUGCAGCGUGCAUGACUUUGUCUACAAGGGGUAGGUGCUCCCUUAGCGGUAUAGGAGUGCAACUCGAGCGCCACCCAGAGUGCAUUCACCUACACAGACAGCUAUGAAAUGUACUGGAAUAUACUUCUGAU